ACAGUCUAUAGACCUUCAGCAGGUGAUUCUUUACAAAAUUAUACAAAGUAUAACAUGGCAAAAAAAAGUUCGCAUCAGAAAGGACUUGGUCAUUUUUGUUUUUGCAUGGGAUUACGAUUUGGUUCAAUUUUUUUGACCGUAUUCUGGCUGGCAGGAGCAAUAUUAGCGAUGUUUAUACUUGUAAAGGAACUACCGCAUCAAACGAGUAAAGGUUUAACGAUAACAUUCCUAUCAUUUUCAUCAAUAACGGUAAUAUUUGCAAUUUAUGGUCUAUACGCACUGACGAUACGGAAUACAAAUCAAUCAAUACGAACGUAUUCAAAAUUGGCAUGGAUUCUAAUGGUCUUAAUCUGGUCAAUCUUAGAUCUAGCGGCAGUAAUAUUAUCUUUCUUGUCAUAUCACACUUCACUUGAGGAUUGCCAAGAAUCAGAUGCACUUUGCGAACGUCAGAUAAAAAAUGAUAUUAUCAAAUCAGUGGCAGGAAAUUUGGCUGCGUGUUCUAUUAAUACUUAUUUCGCAAUUAUGUUAAGAGCUUAUCUCGCCAGGCGCGAAGCUAAAAUCCGAGUAAAAAAAAGCGGGCGCGACUCGCUCACUUCAAUUUCACGAUCGUCACAUAAUGUUAUUUCACUACCACCAAUCGUUUAUAAUGAUCCUAGUAAUGAUGAUGAUAGUGGUAAUAUAAAACCUAUGAAUGUUUGGGAAACAAAUUUCGAUGCGAUGUUGAAUACUGAUGAUAUUACUGACUAUGGAAUAUGA